AAACCAUUGGUCAAUGGACCUAAUGUCACGAAACAAAUAGAAAUCUGGAUAUCACAGAGAUAAAUAAAGAUUUACACCUUGUUGAAGGGGACAUCAAGACAACUAGGCAGAAGAGGUCCAUUAGAGGUCAACAGUACCGCUGGCCAUUGCCCGUCCCAUAUGAUUUCAGCUACACCUUGCACAUGAAUGCCGAAGGAGUCAUCCUCAAAGCCUUUGAGCAAUUCAGGCUCAAGACAUGCAUUGAUUUUCAGCCCCGUCAAUGGUUUGAACAGCAUGUCACACUGAAGUGGGGUCUAGGAUGCUGGUCUGAGGUAGGAAGACAGCCUAAAAUGGCACAGGACCUCGCCAUUGGCACUGGCUGUGACCAAGUGGCCACCGUAGAGCAUGAGCUCAUGCACACUCUUGGCUUCUGGCAUGAGCAGUCAAGAUAUGACCGGGACAAUUACAUCUCAAUCAACUGGGAAAACAUCGAAAUAGGUCAGACCAAUUUCAAAUUAACACCAAAACUACCAACAGCACCAUAUGACUACUUCUCAGUCAUGCACUACCCUAAAGAUGCCUUCAGCAAUGGCAAGGGAUCUACUAUCAUCACUAAACUACCUGAGUUCCAAGAUGUGAUUGGACAGACACUGGAUAUGAGCCAUUAUGAUGUAGAAGAGCUCAACAAGUUCUACAGAUGCAUAAUUUCGUUUCGAUUAGUAUAUUCUGUGCUCAUGGAUGAGUCCAUCUCCUUCCUGGACCACUGCAGCUUUGAUGAUGACAAGAGCAUGUGUGACAUGAGGCUCUGCUUCAGAAGAUCACAAGGUUGGAGAAGAGAGAGCCGAGUAGCUAGAGGUCCCCAGUCUGACCACACACACCUGGACACAGACUCCCAGGGCACAGGAUUCUUCAUGCACUUCAGCACCAAGAGAGGCAGAGUGGGACACUCGGCCAGACUACAGACCAGGAGGAUGACCCCCAGAAGAAGCUGCAAGGUCCAGUGCCUUGAGCUCUUCUACUACCACAGUGGGAGUUGGUCUGACCAGCUCAACAUCUGGAUAAGAGAGUUUGAUGGUGUGAAUGACACUGAAGGAACUCGUAGACUCAUGAGUCGAAUACAAGGUUCUCCAGCUGACUACUGGCAGCUUCACCAUGUUCCUCUGAACGCCACUAAGACCUUCCAGGUGGAGCUUGAGGCCAUCAAAGGAGGGGGUUCCUCCAAAGGCGGCUUCUCUGUGGAUGACCUCAACCUGUCAGAAACCGAAUGCCCCAAUCAUACAUGGCAGAUCAGUAACUUUGAGGAAAAAUUAAACGUUAGUGCAAACUCAUUUCUUCUCAGCCCAAAGUACUACUCUGAAGACGGAUAUAGGUACCAGAUAAUGAUACGACUGAAUUAUUUUGGAGUAUUUGUACGACUAGUGUCAGGGAUUAAUGAUGAUACACUUGAAUGGCCUUGCGACUCAAGGCAGGUCACAGUUACUUUGCUGGACCAGAACCCUCACAUUCAAAAGCGCAUGUCCAAACAAAGAAGCGUAACUACAAGUUCAAAACAAGACCUUGACGAAUUCUUUCACAAGCCAAGAACACAGGGAACUCUGCAAACAGAUGACAGCUCAGAAGAUUUCUAUACUAACGAUGGGAUAGAGGGGGUUAACAAUUAA